AUGUUUGGUCUAGUCCCUCUUCUCUUCACUGCUCUUGCCAGUGCAUACCCCAACCGGGGCCCUUGCACUGGUAGCUGUUGGGCUCAUGACCCUGGCAUGAUUCAGCGUGUAUCCGAUGGAAAGUACUACCGGUUCUCGACAGGCACUGGUGUCCCCAUCAGCAGCUCGCCGUCGGUGAAGGGUCCAUGGACCGAUUUGGGAGCCGCAUUGCCAAAUGGAACCAGCAUCAAAUUGGAUAACACCGACAGCAUGAAUAUCUGGGCUCCUGAUGUUCACUAUCAAAAUGACCAGUACUACAUGUACUAUGUCUUGUCGCAGAUCGGCACCCAAAACUCGCAGAUUGGUGUCGCGACAUCCAAGACCAUGGAGCCAGGUAGCUGGACUGACCAUGGAUCAAUCGGUAUUCCGGCAAACGUCAACUACAACCGCAUCGAUCCCGCCUGGAUCAGCAUCGGCGGCAAGAACAUCCUCAACUUCGGCUCUUUCUGGGGUGAUAUCCACCAGGUCGUCAUGGAAACUCCCCUGACGGUUGGCAGCGCCACUCCCUACCAGGUUUCCUGGAACGCUACUCUGAACCACCGCGAGGAGGGCUCGUACGAGUUCAAGCACGGUGAUUUCUACUAUUUGCUCUACUCUGCUGGUAUUGCCGGACAGUACAGCAAGACUGCCCCUGCUGCGGGUGCUGAGUACCACAUUCGGGUCUGCCGUUCUUCAACUGGUCUUGGUGACUUCGUUGAUGCCGAUGGCAAGGACUGCAAGCAGACUGGAGGUACCAUGCUCCUCUCCAGUCACGGCCAGGUUUUCGGACCCGGUGGCCCUGGUGUUGUCAACGAUAAGGACCUCGGUGUGGUGAUGUACUACCACUACUACCCACUCGCCGUCAAGGAGUCCACCACCGUUGCCGACAACGCCAACUACCGCUACGCGUGGAACGUCCUCGGUUGGAAGGACGGCUGGCCUUACGUCCAGGCCUCUUAA